AUGGCUAAAACCUCUCUUCCUCUCACCGCUUCUUUCCUCCUCCUCCUCAUUUCCUCCGCCGUCGCCGCAGACACCGGCCGUCUCUUCCUCACCGUUGUUAACCACUGUCCCUUCACCGUCUGGCCAGCCAUUCAGCCCAACGCAGGCCACCCUGUCCUGGAGAAGGGUGGCUUCGCUCUCCCAACAAACACACACCGCUCCUUCUUUCCUCCAUCCGCUCACUGGUCCGGUCGCAUCUGGGGCCGAACCGGCUGCUACCACCACCGCGACGGUAAAUUCUCCUGCGUCACCGGAGACUGCGGAAACCGCUUCGAGUGCAACGGCCUCGGAGGCGCAACUCCAGCUUCCCUCGCUCAGUUCGACUUACACCACGGUGGACACCGAGACUUAUCUUCUUACGGCGUCUCUCUCGUCGACGGUUUCAACGUUCCGAUGACUGUGACUCCUCACGAAGGCCGUGGAGUCUGUCCCGUCGUCGGCUGCCGUGAAGACCUUCUGAAAACGUGUCCGUCUCAUCUUCAGCUCAAGACACACGGUGGACACGUGGUGGCUUGUAAGAGUGGGUGUGAGGCGUUCCGUACGGACGAGUUUUGCUGUCGGAAUCAUUACAAUAGUGCUCAAACGUGUCGAGCUUCGAGCCAUUCUCUGUUCUUUAAGCACGCGUGCCCUUCGACUAUGACUUUUGCUCAUGAUAGUCCUUCGCUCAUGCAUGACUGUUCUUCUCCUAAAGAGCUCAAAGUCAUCUUUUGCCACUAA